GUGAGAGGAAAGCUGGCUGGAGAACUCAGGGGAGGGACCAACUUGGAGAAACAAACACAAUCCCCCAGCCCACAGGAUCCGGAGCCGACGCCAGAGGCGCCGAGAGAGCACCCCAGCCUGUCCACGCACACACAGCAGCUCCUUACGGCCUCCGCUGGACCCCGCAGUGCACAGGCCAGCCUGGUGGAUUGUGUCAUGUGGAUCAGCUGGUGGCUCUGGCCCCUGGUGGCCAUCUGUGCUGGAGACCAGUUCCGGGAUGAGGCUGAGAGGAUCAUGCGGGGCACACCUGUCAUCGACGGGCACAACGACCUGCCCUGGCAGCUGCUAACCAGGUUCAACAACAAGCUUCAGGUUGAGGCGGCCAACCUGACGAGUCUCACCCACACACACACCAACAUCCCCAAGCUGAAGGCUGGUUUUGUGGGGGGCCAGUUCUGGUCCGCAUACACACCCUGUGACACCCAGAACAAAGACGCUGUGAAGAGGACACUGGAGCAGAUCGAUGUCAUCCAUCGCAUGUGCCAGAUGUACCCGGAGACCUUUGUGUGUGUCACCAACAGCACAGGCAUCCGGCAGGCCUUCCAGGAGGGGAAGAUAGCCAGUCUUGUUGGUGUGGAGGGGGGCCACUCCAUAGACAGCAGCCUGGGCGUCCUGCGGACACUCUACCACCUGGGCAUGCGGUACAUGACUCUUACCCACAGCUGCAACACACCCUGGGCUGACAACUGGCUGGUGGACACAGGAGAGGACAAGGGCGAGAGCCAAGGCCUGUCACCCUUUGGCCAGCGUGUGGUGAAGGAGAUGAACCGGCUGGGGGUCAUCAUUGACUUGGCCCACGUGUCUGUGAGCACCAUGAAGGCUGCCCUUAGUCUGUCCAAGGCUCCCGUCCUCUUCAGCCACUCCUCGGCCUACAGCCUGUGUCAGCACCGGCGCAACGUGCCUGAUGAUGUGCUUCAGCUGGUGAACCAGACAGGUAGCCUGGUGAUGGUGAAUUUCUACAAUGACUACGUUUCCUGCAAAAAGGAGGCCACCCUGUCCCAAGUAGCAGACCAUCUGGAUCACAUCAAGAAGGUGGCAGGAGCUGGAGCUGUGGGCUUUGGUGGGGACUUUGAUGGUGUCUCCAGGCUCCCCUUGGGGCUUGAAGAUGUGUCCAAGUACCCAGACCUGGUGGCUGAGCUACUCAGGAGGCAGUGGACAGAAGCGGAGGUCAGGGGUGUCCUGGCCAACAACCUGCUCCGGGUUUUCGAGGCAGUGGAACGGGUGAGUGAUCACACACAAACUCCCGAGGAGGAGCCCAUCUCCCUGGACAAGCUGCAGGAUUCCUGCAGGACCAACUAUGGCUACUCAGAGGCCCCCAGCUUCCACCACCCGCCAGGGGUCCUGCUGGCCUCCCUCACCACCGUCCUCCUCGGCCUGUGUCUCCUAUGAUGCCCUGGGGUCCGGACCUCCUGGGCUCCUACAGCUCUGGGGAUACUGUGGCCCUCAGUGCAGAGAGAUUCCAGGAUGCUGCUCCCCAUGCACAAAGCCUGGGCUCUCCUGAGCAGGUACCUGGGCUCACCUGAGGCAGUAGGGCGUGGGCACUUCCAGACUAACACACACUGUACUGUCAAUAAAGGCCAACAACCCUUCUGAA